GACAUGAAAAAUCUAACUGUCACUACGAAUGAUUCCUUGUCCAGCUUACUCGAACAUGCUUCUAAGAAUGAUUUUGAACAAUUUAAGAUAGCUUUAGACAGUGAUGCGUCGCUGUUACUUGAAGUCGGGGCCUGGUGUGUCCGUCAAAAUGGACAUAACCAAAUUGUUCUUGAGGACAGAACCGCUUUGAUGGUGGCAGCAUCCUGUGGGAGUAUUGAUAUUUUAAAGCUUAUACUUUCAUGUUCCGAGGCUGGUGUAAAUUUUACUUGCGGGACUGAUAAAACCACUGCUCUUCAUUGUGCUGCUUCAAGUGGUACGGUUAAUGCUGUUGAUGCUGUAAAAUUGCUUUUAUCAGCUGGCGCUGACAUCUAUUGUGUCGAUGCUAAUGGGAACCGUCCAAUGGAUGUUAUUGUUCUUCCUAUUGUUGUUCCCCAUAAGCUCGAAGUCGUGAAAAGAAGUCUUGAACAACUUCUCUCAAAUAGUGCUGCUGAUGAGUCUGUUGAUGAUGGUUCGCUUCCGCUGUCAUCUUUUGAAAAGGGGUCUCCAUCCUCUCCCGUGGCUCCAAAGUUGACCGACACAGCUGUUAGUUCUACACCAGAAAAGAAAAAAUAUCCAAUUGAUCCAUCAAUUCCUGAUAUAAGAAACAGCAUAUAUGCCACAGAUGAAUUUCGCAUGUAUUCGGUCAAGGUCCUUCUUUGUCAUCGUGCAUACACUCAUAAUUGGACCGAGUGUCCUUUUUACCAUCCUAAUGAGAAUGCACGAAGGAGAGACCCUAGAAAGUUCACCUACAGCUGUGUGCCAUGCGCUGAUUUUAAAACUAGGGAUUGCAAACGUGGUGAUAUGUGUGAAUAUGCUCAUGGAGUAUUCGAGACCUGGCUACAUCCAGAUCAGUAUCGCACAAGGCUCUGCAAAGAGGGUACUAAUUGUAACCGAAAGGUGUGCUUUUUUGCACAUGUUGCUGAAGAGCUGCGUCCAUCGCAUGCUUCCAUUAGAUCAGCUGCAUCUGCUCCUAUUGUCAUGGACAUGGCUGCUUCAACGAGCCUUUAUCGUGGUUCGCUAUCAGCAAUCUCUUCGAUGUAUCCACCACCUUUUGCACAGCCUUUGUCUCCAUAUGCUAAUGGCCUCUUUGAUGGUCAGCAGCACAUGCUAAAUGACUUGAGCUGUUUCUCACAGCCCUGUCCGGGUACCAUUUCAUUGGGUCGGUCUGUUAACUCCUGGUCUAAGUGGGGAUCCCGUACUGGAAAACCUGAUUGGUCCGUUAACGGAAAUGACUUUGGUCGUUCGCUGAGAUAUACCACUUUUGAGCAUGGAAACAAUGUUGAAGAGCCUGAUAUAUCUUGGGUCCAAUCUCUUGUCAACUAA